GCACUGCUUGCCCACCUGCCGGCUGAAGAAUUCAACCAGCACUGACAUGCUCAGAUGCCCCUAUUGGCGAUAGUGAUCACGCAAUCAGCGGGCCAACAUCAGCAAUACUGAGGCGUUUUCUAGGUUUCGGCCCUACUGGCCUCUCACCCUCAUCGCCUAGAUUCUGUCCAUUGCCUCGUGGCCAAGCCGUCCUUGGGGCUGAACCACAAGACACGCCUCUGUCAUACCCCCUGGUUAUAGCACUCUUGAUUGGUACCAAGCUACCGAGCUCCCGUCCCGUGCUUCUACGCGUUCCCCGUCCCCGGAAUUCAUAAGAGACAAGCUUCCGACAAGCAAGUUUAUACUUUCUUGUCGCAGCCACUCUUCCAGGCACUUUGCACUCCCGUAGACACGGUGCCCCUAUCCACAUUGGAGUCGGAGUAGCAUUUGACUAGCCAUGGCCUCAACAGCCAACAAAGUCGGCCACGGCCUGGCCAAGGUCCUGGGCAUCGACCUCCAUUACAGGAACGAGACGGGCUCGGAACGCGUUACGCGAGGAGAGAGCGUCUUCACUGUCGACUCUGCCGAUACCUAUGUCGAGGACGAGCCGACUACAGGCGAGUGGCUACACGAAAUCCUCCCCAGCAGUCACGAUGUAGUCGAAUAUCUAUACAGCCUCAUUCCUUUUAUCCACUGGAUGCCUCACUACAAUACGCAGUGGCUUGUCGGAGAUCUUGUUGCAGGAAUCACAGUUGGUGCCGUCGUCAUUCCCCAAGGCAUGGCCUAUGCAAAGCUCGCCGAGCUUCCUGUCGAGUUCGGACUCUACUCCUCGUUCAUGGGCGUGCUCAUCUACUGGUUCUUCGCUACCUCCAAAGACAUUACAAUCGGCCCGGUUGCUGUCCUCUCCAAAGUGACUGGCGGCGUUAUACUAUCAGCGGAAAAGAAACUGGCUGGCCAACACAUACCAAAAGACAUCAUCGCAUCCUCAUUGGCCAUCAUUGCUGGUUCAAUUGUUCUUUUCCUCGGCCUCGUCAGGAUGGGCUGGAUCGUCGACCUCAUCUCUCUGCCUGCAAUCUCGGCCUUCAUGACGGGUUCUGCCCUGAACAUUGCUGCGGGGCAAUUCUCUACCAUGAUGGGAAUCACCGGUUUUUCUACAAGGGACCCCACAUACAAGGUGGUUAUCAACUCUCUCAAGCACAUUGGACGGACCGACCUCAACGCAUCCUUUGGCCUCACAUGCCUGUUCCUCUUGUACGCAAUCCGAUACUCGUGCGGCCGACUCGCAAAGCGCUUCCCGGCCAAGGCCAAGCUGUUCUUUUUCCUGAACACGCUACGCACGGCCUUUGUCAUCUUGCUGUACAUCCUGUUCAGCUACCUGGUCAACCGACACCACCGGGCUAAUGGCACCAAGCCUUCCAUUAGUACGCUUGGAAAUGUUCCCCGAGGCUUCAAACAUGCCCGCGUACCACACAUUACCAUUGACAUCAUCAAGUCUUUUGCUACGGAGCUGCCCUCGACUGUCAUUGUGCUCCUUAUUGAGCACAUUUCCAUUGCCAAGUCUUUCGGCAGGGUGAACAACUAUGUUAUCAACCCUUCGCAAGAGCUGGUGGCUAUUGGUGUCAGCAACUGCCUGGGUCCCUUUCUUGGAGCCUAUCCCGCAACCGGUUCCUUCUCGCGUACUGCCAUCAAGUCCAAGGCCGGAGUGCGCACGCCUUUUGCAGGUGUCAUUACCGCUGUCGUGGUGUUGCUCGCCAUCUACGCACUCCCAGCCAUGUUCUGGUAUAUCCCAAAUGCGGCUCUGGCAGCUGUCAUCAUCCACGCUGUGCUCGACUUGAUUACGCCUCCAAACACGGUUUACCAGUUCUGGCGCAUCUCGCCCCUUGAGGUCGGGAUCUUCUUCAUCGGCGUCAUUGUCACUGUCUUCUCGACGAUUGAAAAUGGCAUCUACGUCACCGUAUCUAUAUCCGCUGGCAUGUUCGCUUUCCGUUUGUUCAAGGCCAAGGGACGCUUCAUGGGAAGAGCCAAGAUCCACUCGGUUGUUGGCGACCAUAUUCUUGACCCGACUGAUGACGACAAGCAAAUUCCCUCUUCCAGGCAGAGACCCGUUGAAGGUGAGGACUCUAUCCGCGAGGUCUUCCUACCCAUUGAUCACAAGGAUGGAUCCAACCCUACUAUUGAAUUGGAGGACCCAUACCCAGGUAUCUUUAUCUACCGAUUCAGUGAAGGCUUCAACUACCCCAACGCAAACCACUACCUCGAUCAGCUCACCGACACCAUAAUGUCAAAGACGCGCCGUACCAACCCAGCAAUGUUCAGCAAACCGGGUGAUCGCCCGUGGAACGAUCCUGGUCCACGACGUGGCAAGGACUCUGAGCUGCAAGACAAUCGACCAACGCUCAAGGCCAUUAUCCUCGACUUCUCAUCGGUCAACAAUGUCGAUCUUACCGCGAUACAAAACUUGAUUGACGUCCGGAACCAGCUCGACAAGUACGCCGCCCCAGACACAGUCGACUGGCACUUUUGCAACAUCAACAACCGCUGGACCAAGCGCUCUCUCGCCGCCGCCGGCUUCGGCUACUACACGCCGGACAUUCCGGAAAGCGGCAUCACACAGCGCUGGAAACCCAUUUUCAGCGUCGCCGAAAUCGGCGGCUCCGAUUCCGCCGCAGCCGAAGCCGAAGCCCGCGAAAACCUCCGCGCACAACGCACCUUAUCCCAAAUCAAAAAUCACGAUAUCGAGGCCGCACGCGCAGGCGAGUACUCGGGCAACAGCUCGGAAACCGGUAGCAUCAACAAGCAGCUGGAGAAGAGCAAGGCGUAUGGAACGACGAAUGAGGCGCAGACGAGAAAUAAGAUUGCCGUUGUGCAGGGUCUCAAUAGGCCGCUUUUCCAUGUCGAUGUUACGGCUGCGCUGAAUAGUGCGCUGGCGAAUGUGCAGAGGAAGAGUCAUUGA